AUGAAAUUUUUGGGGGUCUUUCUUAUACUUACUACUAGGUCGGUAUUAGCAUCAGAAGGCGACCAUUUGCCAGAAUUUUCUGACUGCUGGAGCCGAUGUAGUUAUUUAUUGAAUUGCGAUGGUGAUCCCCAUGGAUAUGGUCUCAAGAGAAGUGUAGGUUUGAGCAAUUCUGGCCGUUCAGAAGAAGAUAAAUACGAAAAAGAGUAUUUUUUGGAUUAUGAGUCAUUAUCUGGAUUAACAAGGUUCAUUUUUCGCUGGGAUUGCUCUUCUGAUUGUAAUUAUAAAUGUCAACAGAUUAUAACUAACAAACGCCUGCUACAUGAAGAAAAUAUGGUUCAAUUUUAUGGAAAAUGGCCCUUCAAAAGGGUAUUAGGAAUGCAAGAACUUCCCUCAGUUCUAUUUUCGGUUGCUAAUUUCUAUGCUAACUACUCCAACUUAUUUAAAAUUUUGUAUCAGUACCGAAGGAACUCUAUACAAAAGACGCAAUAUGUUGUGAUGUACCAACAGUAUUUGAUAUUAAUUAUGGUAUCGUUAGUUGGCUGGAUGUGUAGUGCGCUAUUUCAUGCUAGAGAUAGUGCUUUCACAGAAACAUUAGACUAUUUUGGUGCUGCCUUAAUAAUUUUAUCGAAUUUUACUACAAUAGUCAUGAGGUACUUCAACUUAUUUGAACUUGGGAACUCCAUUAAAUUAAGGAUAUUGAGAGGGUCUGUUUUUACAAUUUUUGUUAUUCAUUGUAUUCGUUUGUAUCUCAACUGGAACUACAGGUAUAAUGUAUUAUUUAACUUAAUAUUUGGGUUGGCGGCUUCCAUUUUAUGGAUACUACAUUCAUUUAACGUCAAUAAAGUUUUCGUAAAAGAUAAUCAUAUUUAUAACAGCUCAAUUCAACUACUCCCUCAUGAAACAAAGAUAUUAGCAAAGUUGAGUUAUAUCUCUAUAUCGAAGACCAGCCUAAUCCCGCUUAUUCCCAUAUUUUUGAACAUCUGGAUUAUUUGCGGACUUUCUUUUGAAUUGCUUGACUUCGCUCCAAUAUGGAGAUUAGUGGACGCCCACGCAAUAUGGCAUUUAUUCACGAUAUUUCCCUCCAUGAUUUGGUUUGACUGGAACAUAUGGGACAUUGAGAUGCACAAGGUCAGCAGCAGUAUAAGCAAACAGGUCUAA